AUCCGCACACACAUAGGGAUAGACAUCGCGCCGUUUUAUCUGCCUCACCAGCUCCGGUUUCCCCCCGCUCAGCCUUCCCCCCUCGUAAAGUGCCGCCAUGUUUUUCUGAGGCAGGAUGACAGCAGAGACGGAGCACAGACGAAGACGGAUAUAAGAUUGAAAAACCCCUCGAAUUAACUCCGUUUUUCGAUCAGCAGACGCUCUAUUUUUUUUAUCGCGGACUCGCUUGGAACUCAUUUCUCGACGUAUUUACAAAAACGUACGCGUUAGACGAAACGAACCGAGCGCUGAAUUGUAUUAUUUUGUUUUCCUAUGGCGUAGGCACAUUAUUUCCCAAUAUAUAUUUUCUAUUUCAGGAUGGGAGGGGGUCCUCCUACGUAAAUGUAAAAUUCAGAAAUUAUUCCCACGUUUUUAACUUUAUACCAUGACAAAGCGAGCAGUCAAAAGCGAUUCCUGAAGAAGAAAACCCGAUUCCUUCCUGCGCGUAACUACCUCGACCAGCAACCUACAGGAAUAACCAGACCAGGUCAACUGUUUGCCACAAGUUACCUGCUUUUAAAACUUAACGAAUUACUAAAACAAGGAAAGAAGAAGAACUUCUAAAGUGAAUAUCAAAAAGAGCACAUUUUAAAGAUGACGGCUAAUAUCGCAGCUGACAUGAUCAACUUGAGGCUCAUCUUAGUUAGUGGAAAAACAAAAGAGUUCCUGUUCUCUCCAAAUGACUCCGCGGCAGACAUCGCCAAGCACGUGUACGACAACUGGCCAAUGGACUGGGAAGAGGAACAGGUGAGCAGUCCAAACAUCUUGCGUUUGAUCUACCAGGGCCGAUUCCUACAUGGCAAUGUGACACUAGGAGCUUUAAAACUGCCUCUCGGAAAAACCACAGUGAUGCAUUUAGUUGCCAGAGAGACGCUGCCCGAGCCAAAUUCCCAAGGUCAGAGGAACCGCGAAAAGACUGGAGAGAGCAACUGUUGUGUGAUCCUGUAAAUACGUCCCUCCAUCCCCGAAUGAGUGCGUUCUGUUAUCCUUCGCCCAUGCUGCUGAAAGCUCACAAACACAACUACUCACACCUGACUCCCACAAGCACCUGACCAGAAAGGAAAAUCACACCCGACGGAGGACAGCACUUGAUUCUAGAGCUGCUCAUACAAAGCAGCUUCUCCACAUUAAAGCCAAAAGAUGUCAAAAAAAUCCCUCACCCACACAUUCUCACCCUUUCUAACACCUUCACACGUGCACAUGAGCUCAGAUGUAAACAAUUAAACAUACACACAUAGACAAAAUCUCCUGUCCUUCUCCCAAUUUGCACAUGGAGGAGUCCCGGCUUUUUUUUAAUUGCCCAUAGUAAAUAUUAAUGAUGCAACGUGAAAGCCUUCGAUUCUUCACUUUCAAGCUGCGAGGGGGAAGAUGUGUGAGGAGAAGAGAAUUAAUUUACACAGGGUCUGAUGAACUUCUCGCAUUGAACGAAGCACCAGACGCUCACCGGAUCUGGUCUGAUCUACGUCUGAAAUGAUAGCACACGCUCACCGGUGGUUUGACGUCUGCAUCCAUGCAUCGCAGCUACAGUCUUACAGACUGUCGACAUGAUCUGCUAAUCACUAAUUUACAUGCGUAGUUUAUUGAUUUUAGUGCUGGAGAGUGAGUAUUCAUGUGCCUGAUAAACGUCAAUGACAAUUCGGUAGAAAUGUUUAUUAUACUUUUCCAUAUUGAACUAAAAUGCGUUUAUAAAUUAAAACAUGUUGGGGCGACCAAUUAGUUCUGGUAAAGAGCUUGGUUACCUGCUAAUUUGCAGAUCUCCAGGAGUUGGUAUUGGUGACCGCUUUGGGAAGUCUAAAUAAUGCACAGUAACAUUUGUGACUGUGUAUUGACUACUGCUUCUUCAAUUGACCAGCCAGUGUUGUAUCUGCCCUAUAGUUAGAUCUAAGCGGCUUUCAUUCAGCUGAGGUAAAGUUAAGCCCAAUACUUUUUGUAAGUGUAAUGAUGUAAAUUAAUGCUCGAGUUUCGAGCCAGAAGAUAACUAUGGAUAAGUUUGGCUCGGUUUCUAUUUUCCCUCCCUUGUUAAAGAUGAAAUUUGUUUGCACAACACAGAAACAGGAAUUGUAAUUUUUUUUCUCAUCCCUUUUAAUAUUUUUCCAAAUGGGAAUUGUAUUGGAAGGUUACAACAUAUGUGUAGAGUAUAUUUAAUAUGAAUCUUAUAGAGAACAUAACUAUAGAUUGUUGAUAUAUAUUGGUGUCUAGUGUAUGAUAGUCUAAAACAGUUAGUUCAUUAGCAUUUGGAUAAGUAAAUUGCUGACAAUGUAUUGUACUUAACAGCAACAAACCCUCUAAUGGCUGAAGAAUUACUGUACUGUGUUUUAUUUUUUUAAUGUUCAUAAUUUGAUAUCUUUUUUCCUGCCCUAUUUCUUUUAUUUUAUUUUUUGUGGUCUUCGCUUUAUGCUUUUUAACAUCGCACUAGGUAUGAAAAAUAUUGGUCCUGAUCAGGGUUCAAAUCUGUACAGAGCUGAAGUUUUUAAAAGAUAAUUGUAAAUAAGACUAAUGCUUCUCAUUCUCUAAACUACAAAUGGAAAUACAUCUAUACACUGAAUAAAAGCAUUCAAAAUCUUGAAGUGAAA